CGCACUGCAUGAUCCCUUCACACACACACUUGUCAGGGUAUAAAUUGUCCUGACUUGACAUUUCAGCACCCCUGGUUUAUACAUACACACACACACACUCAAGAUCCGGCGCCUGGUGCUGAUCUGAGCUUCCAUCAUGUGCGACGACGAAGAGACCACUGCCCUGGUGUGUGACAACGGCUCCGGCCUGGUCAAGGCUGGGUUCGCCGGGGAUGACGCACCCCGAGCUGUCUUCCCCUCCAUCGUUGGUCGCCCCCGUCACCAGGGAGUCAUGGUUGGUAUGGGUCAGAAGGACUCCUACGUCGGCGAUGAAGCCCAGAGCAAAAGAGGCAUCCUGACCCUGAAGUACCCCAUCGAGCACGGCAUCAUCACCAACUGGGACGACAUGGAGAAGAUCUGGCACCACUCCUUUUACAACGAGCUGCGAGUGGCCCCCGAGGAGCACCCGACCCUGCUGACAGAGGCCCCCCUGAACCCCAAGGCCAACAGAGAGAAGAUGACUCAGAUCAUGUUCGAGACUUUCAACGUCCCUGCCAUGUACGUGGCCAUCCAGGCCGUGUUGUCUCUGUACGCGUCAGGACGAACCACAGGUAUUGUUCUGGACUCCGGUGACGGUGUGACCCAUAACGUGCCCAUCUAUGAGGGUUACGCUCUUCCUCACGCCAUCAUGCGUCUGGACUUGGCCGGUCGUGACCUGACAGAUUACCUGAUGAAGAUCCUGACGGAGCGGGGUUACUCCUUUGUCACAACAGCUGAGCGUGAGAUUGUGCGUGACAUCAAGGAGAAACUGUGUUAUGUGGCUUUGGACUUUGAGAACGAGAUGGCCACCGCCGCCUCCUCCUCCUCCCUGGAAAAGAGCUACGAGUUGCCCGACGGUCAGGUCAUCACCAUCGGCAACGAGCGUUUCCGCUGCCCGGAGACCCUCUUCCAGCCCUCAUUCAUCGGCAUGGAGUCCGCCGGCAUCCACGAAACCACUUACAACAGCAUAAUGAAGUGCGACAUAGACAUCCGGAAGGACCUGUACGCCAAUAACGUCCUGUCCGGAGGCACCACCAUGUACCCGGGUAUCGCUGACCGUAUGCAGAAGGAGAUCACCGCUCUGGCCCCCAGCACCAUGAAGAUUAAGAUCAUCGCCCCCCCUGAGAGGAAGUACUCAGUUUGGAUUGGCGGCUCCAUCCUCGCCUCUCUGUCCACCUUCCAGCAGAUGUGGAUCAGCAAGCAGGAGUACGACGAGGCCGGACCCUCCAUCGUCCACAGAAAGUGCUUCUAAGCCGCACACCUCCUCCUUUCCUUCCCUCCUUUCCUCACUUUCUUCUAUCCUGUCUCCUUCUUAUAUCUCAAAGCGGCAUUUACUGCGUUGUUUGUUUACACUCAAGUGCAAUUUUUAUGCGGAUAUGUUUCAGUUUAUAAAAAAAAAAUAAAUAAACGCGACUUGCAAAAGCCUGA